AUGGAAGAUAUAACUGAACAUGAUAUAUAUCGUUGGUGUAAUGACCAUGGUGUCAAUAUACCAUGCAGUUUAGGUAUUGUGGGGAAUUUUGUAGGAAUUACUGAUGCAGAGGUGCUUACAGAAGUACAGAAACUAUGGGGAGUAAAAGUGCCAAUUUUAGUGGAUAAAUGGAAGAGAGAGACCGGAGAGACUAGGGCCGUAUUGAUAACUACAAAAGAAUAUUUAGAUUCAUCUCUUAUUCCCGCAAAUGUGAUGGUAGGAGGAGAAAUGAGUAGGAGAUGGCAAAUAAUGUGGCCUAGAAAUAUCAUCGAUAGUGAUAGGGGAGGUUCCGAGCCUACUAGGUUGGGGGAGAGAGUAGUAUUACCAGAAGAACAUUCCCUACAAAGGGGGGAUGAUACACAAUCUCCCAUGCUUAAAGAUUUGUCUAAAGAUACUACUGGUGAGAAUAUAGAGCCUCAAGUUGAGACUGUUUUGGACAAAGUAGUGAGCCAUUUCGAACGUUGGCACUAUGAAGGAGGUUAUAGAAGACUCCGAGUAUUUUCAGGAAUACUUCCUGUACCAACCGGGGAAGAAGGAUAUGAUGCUUGGCGGGAGGCUGCUAUCCAACAUUCCGAGGAGUGGCGUUGUCCCGAACACAUAAAGAAACAGCGGAUUGUAGAAAGCUUAAGGGGCCCCGCUAUGGGAAUCAUACAUGCCACUCGCCGUAGUAAUCCAAAUGCCACAUUGAAAGAUUACUUUAAUGCCUUAGAUUAUUCAUUUGGAACAUUGGAGGAUCUAGGGGAUAUAUUGGUAAGAUUAAAUCAAACUUACCAAGAACCUACGGAAAGUCUCACUAACUUUAUCUAUCGGAUAGCUAAGAUUUUAUAUAAGCUCCUAGAUAAAGGAGGAAUCCAGUCAUCGGAAAUUGAUGAGAGACACCUAAAACAAUUAUUGAGAGGAGCACUAACUACCCAUCCAGUGGCUCAACGACUAAGGUGUAGUGGACCCGGGGCGAGACCACCUACAUUGAGUGAAAUGAUUAAAGAUGUGAAAUUGGAAGAGGGCCAAAUAGAAAAUAGAGAACGAAGUUUAAAAAGGGUAAAAGUUGUAUUGCCUGCACCGGUUGAACCCCCUUCCAAUGUUCUCUCCCCAAAUGAAAAAUUAUAUAAAUUAUUAGAAGAACAAAAUAAGAAACUCGAUCAAAUAAUAACCCUACAGAGAAAUGUCUCGUUACAAGACAGUCGUGGGAGGGGGAGGGGACCUAAUCGACGAAUGGAGAAUAGAGAUCAAGUCAUCUGUUAUCGGUGCGGUCAGAUGGGACAUCGAUCCUUUGAGUGCCCACAAGUGGGAAAUUAUGGAAUGAGUACGGACAAUCAUGAUAGAAGAAAUACUACUCCGUCGGAAAACCAGGGAGGGACGUCGAUGAACCCCGCAUCGACUCCCGGACAAUAG